AUGGCUACAACUCUGGACAUCAUUGACCACUCUCCUCAUCAUCCCGACCCGUCACCUCCUAUCCCUACCGCUUCGAACCUUAUCCUCAUAGACAACUAUGACUCCUUCACCUGGAAUGUAUAUCAAUACCUCGUCCUUGAGGGCGCCAAAGUUACCGUAUACCGGAACGACCAAAUCACUCUCGACGAGUUGAUAGCCAAGAAACCCACCCAGCUUGUCGUCAGCCCCGGUCCGGGUCACCCUAGCUCCGACUCUGGAGUAAGUCGAGAUGCUAUUAGGCACUUUGCAGGAAAGAUCCCAAUAUUUGGGGUUUGUAUGGGCCAGCAGUGUAUUUUCGAAGUCUACGGUGGUGACGUAAAGUCCGCCGGAGAAAUCCUUCACGGCAAGACCUCGCCAUUGGCCCACGAUUCUAAGGGAGUAUAUGCGGGAAUGGCACAAAGUCUUCCUGUGACAAGAUAUCACUCCCUUGCGGGCACACAUGUCACUCUACCCGAGUGCCUUGAGGUCACCUCCUGGAUACCCAAGGACGAUGGCUCAAAAGGUGUUAUAAUGGGCGUGCGUCACAAGGAGUAUACGGUCGAAGGCGUCCAGUUCCACCCCGAGAGUAUUCUGUCGGCAGAUGGUCGGGUUAUGAUCAAGAAUUUCUUGCGUAUGCAAGGGGGUACUUGGGCUGACAAUGAGCAGCUACAAAAAGAGUCGCAGGCUAACGGUGUCGCGAAGAGUAUGACAACAGCGGCCCCGAAGAAGAAUAACAUAUUACAACAGAUAUAUGCUCGUCGAAAGGAGGCAGUGGCAGCCCAGAAGAAGAUCCCGUCACAACGUUUAAGUGAUCUUGAGGCUGCGUACGAACUUAACGCCGCCCCCCCUCAGAUACCGUUUGUUGACCGCCUACGUCAAACCCCGUUCGAUGUCUCCCUUAUGGCCGAGAUUAAACGAGGCUCGCCCUCGAAAGGUAUCUUUGCCCUUGAAAUCGAUGCGCCAUCGCAGGCGAAGAAGUACGCUCUGGCAGGGGCUAGCGUCAUCUCCGUGCUCACGGAGCCAGAUUGGUUCAAGGGUAGCAUCGAAGAUCUCCGUGCCGUACGGCAAGUAUUAGACAGUAUGCCCAACCGGCCUGCGGUGCUCCGAAAGGAAUUCAUAUUCGAGGAAUACCAGAUCCUAGAGGCACGACUCGCUGGUGCCGACACGGUCCUCCUUAUUGUCAAGAUGCUCGACGUAGAGCUACUCACGCGCCUAUACAAGUAUUCUCUUUCCUUGGGAAUGGAGCCCCUGGUCGAAGUCCAGAACGCAGAGGAGAUGAAAACGGCGGUGGAACUGGGCGCCAAGGCCAUCGGCGUCAACAACCGCAACCUUGAGUCCUUUGAGGUUGACCUCAGCACUACUAGCAGACUACGCAGUCUCGUGCCAAAGGAGACUAUCAUAUGCGCUCUCAGCGGUAUCAACACUCACGAAGACGUGGUUACCAACCAUAAGGACGGCGUUAACGCUAUCCUAGUGGGCGAGGCUAUUAUGCGUGCCCCCGACGCAUCGCAGUUCAUCCAGCAGCUCUGCGCGGGCCAAGUAACCGCCCAGCAGAAACCUAAACCUAAGCCACUCCUUGUCAAGAUCUGCGGCACGCGUACUCCUGAGGGUGCGCUAGCUGCCGCUGAAGCCGGCGCGGACCUAAUCGGCAUGAUCCUCGUGCCAGGACGAAAGCGUACCGUAAACGACGACGCUGCGAAGGCUAUUUCCAGAACAGUCCAAGACUUCUCCCGAUCCAAUUCAUCAACUUCCUCUACGACGUCCAUAUCUAGCAAUGCCGCAAGCGACUUCUUCACCUCAGCAUCCCGCAAACUUACUCUUCCUAACCGCCCCCUACUUGUUGGCGUGUUCCAGAACCAACCCCUGGACGAAAUCCUCGAGUUGCAGAAACGUUACUCCCUCGACGUCGUACAGCUUCAUGGCCGCGAGCCGAUCGAGUGGGCACGCGCGAUCCCUGUACCCGUACUACGGCGCUUCUCGCCCGGUGAGCCAGGGCUGGGCGCUCGCGGAUAUCACGCCGCGCCCCUAUUCGACUCAGGGUCCGGAUCGGGGCAGUUACUUGACGGCGUCGACGUAAAAGCAGCGCUAGCGAAGGACCAGGAACUACGAAUCGUGUUGGCAGGUGGCCUAGCGCCGGAGAACGUAGGAGACGUAAUCUCUGCCGCCGGCGAAGAUGGUAGCCGGAUCAUCGGCGUUGAUGUAAGCAGUGGUGUUGAGGGUUCAGAUGGCCAGCAGAGUUUAGACCGGAUACGAGAUUUCGUUACGAGGGCAAAGGCUAUUAGGUAG